AUGAUUCCUUCUCGACCAAAAAACACCGCCCCAAACCAGAAGACAACAGUAAAAAAGACGACUGAGAAACCAGAUAGCACAAUUACCACGAAGCCGAAAGAUAACAAUAGAGUCUCCAAGGCUGCCCCGAGCAAGGAAAGCUACAUUACCAAAGCCAUCGAAGCAAGACGAGCCAAAGAUGCGCGACUCCAGGACAGAUUUCAAGCCGACACAGAACGUCAGGAGAAGCUGCUCAGGCGAGGUCCCAGCGGGCCUCCAAUCUACGAUACCCAAGGCUUUGAGCUUGACUACACAAAGGUCCUGAAGAGCCAAAGGCGGCCCCAGGGCGCGCGACGGAGAAGUAGCGCGGCCUACAAGAAAAUGAUCGAGAAAGAGCGAGCCGAGGCUAGGGAGAUCGAGCAGAUCAUCGGAUUGCCGGAGAACGGUCUUGUGGAUACGUUGCAUAGCGCGGUGCAGGAUCGCGUUGCGAGGGAUUUGAACCUCCCGUUCCAUAAGGUGCAGAUACUUCAGUACAGGCAGUGGAAAGAGGCGGGCUUCAAGGCCGAUCCGGAGGAGUUUAAGUUAGUGAAUAUCUCGGAGGAAGAGAGGGAGCGGCUGGUGGAAUUAUCGACCGGGAGUGCUUUCAGGAAGUGA